UGGUGUUCCGUAAGUUCAUCGCUUAAAACGAAAGUAAAUUUUUCGAAAAUCAAGGAGUUUCAAACAGCUACGAAUGGAAACAUUAUGGAAAAUUUAUUUUUGAAGUGUACUUGCAUUCUAUUUUAUUACAUAGAUAUGUCUGACGGCAAACUGUGUACAGGCUUGAACAGAUGUUGCUUUGGCUAUAGAUGGAAUGAAAAUCGACAAGACUGCAUAAAGUGUGAGAUCGGUUUCUAUGACACUACCUGUGGCAGCAAAUGUAAAUAUCCACAUUAUGGAGAAGACUGUCAACACAACUGUGAAUGUGACAACGAAACUUGCGACUUCGCAAUUGGAUGUUCAAAUUCAACUGCUGCUACAACUCAUUUCAACUUUGAGAGAAUAAGUCAGAAACCGACUACCAUAACUCCAUCACAAGAACAUUUCGGAGAUUCCCUUUUUUGGAUACCGGACUUCAAAAAUUUAUUCUUGAUUUGUGCAAGUAUUCUUGGUUUCGUGUUACUGCUGAACACCCUAGCAUUAGUGAUAUACUUGAGGAGAAAAUAUGAGAAGAAGAAAAAAGAGAAAAAAAGAGAGCAAAAUUAUGAAGAUUUGGAGGAUUUUCCUUGCAAUGUUUACAGUGCUUUGAAUAUGGAUGAAACAAAUCCGUGUUUUGAAGGAUCGGCGAUCGGAAAAAUCAGACUUUUAAACCAUAGAUAUGACAACAAAUAUACUCUUGAAAUUAAAACAAGACCUUUCCAACUAAAUCCAACCAACUGUGGUCUCACUGAAACUGUCCCUGUCAGUAAUAGUGCUCCUAGCCCUACUCCCAACGUUCAGGGGGAGACUGAAGGGAACCAGCAGCCAUCCGAGUAUUCAUCGUUGGAUGUACAUGUGAGGACGUAAAGUAAAUGCAUCCAACAGAAAAAUCUAAAAGUAAUUCAAACAUUAUCGUCAAGACAGCGGACUAGUAUCUGAUAGAUAGUAUGCAGAUUAUGAAGCUCUGAAAAACCUGGUUAUGUGUAAUGGUUAAGGUUCCUUCUAUAAUCAUAUGAAAUAUUAAUCUGAAUACACACGAAUUACCCUAUAACCGGUAUGGUUGUUCGUGUCUUUGGUCAUUUUAGUGUUUUGUAUAAUUUUUGUAUUUGACCUUGUAUCCUUGUUGUGGAUCCGACACUUAUAGGUAUUCUGGUGUUACACUCUAGAAUAAGCCAUAUCCGGUGUCAGUGAUACACAAUCUCAUUAUUGAUAUACACUUGCAUGUUAUUAAAAAUAUGUUGUUUAAACUAAAAUCUUUCCGU